CGACCUCAGCAGGACCUUCAUCACUUCCCGCGCGUUCUGCAUCAGGCCGCUCAUCGUGCACGCACUGCGAGCCUCCGGCUCCCACGCACACCCCGACCUCGGACGAGACGUUCCCUGGAGCCAAGGGCAGCGCGGGGGGCAGGGGCCCCGCCCGCUGCGCUGUGGGCCGAACGCGCAGGCGCGUUGUGUCCACAAUGCCGCGGGCCUCGGAGAGCCGAGCGCGUUUCCGGCCGGACUGCUGACUCGGAGCACCGGCGCGUCGGGCGCCUGCGCAGAGCGCGCACGGACGACCGGUGGCGCGAGUGAUGGAGCGGGAGGACCGCGUGGUAGCGGCGCCGGACGAGGGGGAACCCGAGGGGAAGAGGCGGCGGCUUCUGUGCGAGGACUUCGCCUCGGUGGCGCGCUGCGACGCCGGCGUGGCCCAGUGCUACCUGGCCGAGAACGACUGGGAGAUGGAAAGAGCGCUGCACUCCUACUUCGAGCCGCCGGUGGAGGAGAGCGCCGAGGAGGGCCGCCCCGGGGAGGCGUCGCCGCCCGCGGCCUGGUGAGCGGGCGGCCUGGUG